ACACGUAUUGUAGAAUGACCUCUAGUCGUCGGAUGUAUAGUGUGAAUUCUACAUAAAGCUACAAAGAAUUCAUCUACAGAAGCAUGCAAACUAUGCCUUUCGCAAAAAUGCUAUGAGAGAAUUGGAGAGAAUUUGACAGGAUUUCAGUUUAUAGUAAAUAAACACAAACAAUUUUUUACGCCAAUUAAUCAUCAACAUUUCUCUCAAAGUUGAUUUCUUUAGAACCGAAAAGCUUAAAAAAGGUGAAUUACAAGUUGCCAAAAUGACAAGUGCUGAAGAUGAUCCGUAUGAUAUAGAAAAGUGUGCACAGUGGGUCCAGACGAAUGCAUUAAAGCAGAUAUGUCUACAAUUUCCGGAUAAGUUAUUACCAGAUGCUGCAAAAGUUGCAUUACAUUUAGAAAAAAAUAUAGGACAAAAGGUAUACAUCUUAGGGGACACAACCUGUGGUAGCUGUUGUAUCGAUGAAAUAGCAGCUCAACAUAUCAAUGCAGAUGGUAUAAUACAUUUUGGACACGCUUGCCUUAAUCCUACCAUUCGUUUGCCAGUUUUACAUAUUUUACCAAAGCAGCAGUUUGAUAUAAAGAAGUUUAGCAAUGAAUUCAAACAAGUUUUUCAAGAUAACACAAGGAAAAUUGUAUUUUUUUAUGAUGUGGAAUAUGCAUAUAAAAUAGAACAUGUAUAUAAUAUAUUGAAACCUAUGUACAAACAUAUAGUUUUGUCUAAAUUAAAUUGUACAUCAAAUGUGGAAUAUACCGAUGCAAAGACAACUCCAGACCAUGUAAUAUUGGGCAGAAGUUAUACUUUAGAAGAUGAAUAUAGUAUACAAGAUUAUGAAGGGUUCUUUUUGGGAGAAGAAGGGAAAGCUCUCGCAAUAUUAGCAAUGAGCAUACCUGUGAAAAGAUGGCAUUGUUUUACAAAUAAUAAAAUUAGUGAAUUCGAAGCAUCAAAUGUACCUUGGUUAAAACGAAGGAGGUUUUUAGUGGAAAAAUUGAAAGAUGCCAAAACUGUAGGCAUUGUGGUAGCCACAUUGGGUAUUAAAGAAUACCUGAUGGCUACAAGGUUAGUCAAAGAAAUUCUUAAGCAAAAGAAUAAAAAAACUUAUACUCUUUGCAUAGGUAAAAUAACCCCUGCUAAACUUGCAAAUUUCCCAGAGAUCGAUGCUUUUGUCAUAAUAGCUUGCCCAGAGAAUGAAAUAUUCGACUCGAGAGAUUUCCUACAACCCAUGCUUACACCGUACGAAGUUGAAUUAGCGUUUAACAGUGCCAGGAAAUUCUGUCUGCAAUAUUUCAUGGAUUUCCAGCAGAUAUUACCCAAUGGCAUUCACUAUGUUGAUUUUAAACCAUCGAUGGACACUGAUAUUUCCCUCAUUAGUAGCGAUGUCAGAAACUGUGAUGAUAAUACCUUUUGUACAGACCAAAUGAAUGAACUGACGAUUCGUUCAUCAGGUACUGUUGCUAUCGGUAUGACUGGAGCUCAGUUUUUGCAAGAUAGAUCCUGGAGAGGUGUCGAACAAAGAUUAGGCGAAGAUCCUGUACAAUCGGCAGAAAUUGGCCGUGUUGGGCUGGCAUGUCAAUAUACAAACGAGCCUCUAAAUACAGAGAAAUGUGAUACACUAACAUAAUAAAUGCUAUGUAACAUUUUUA